AGGUGACCAGGGUUCAUCCUGUAGGAGUCAAUGAACCUUUUCAGAAAAGUAAAUCUUUAACAGAUUGAAUUAUUUUAAGUAUUACCAAAUCUUUUUUCUUUGUGACUCUGAAGUAAAAAUACAACUUACCUAACUCCAAGUAUGUGGGGGAAACAAGUUCCUGGACUCUGCUGGGCCUCCCAGUGAACCAGUGCGGCCGGGAUCAAGCCCCUGUAGUGAGCCUCACAUUUUGCCUCCUCUUGGGAAUAGUCAUUAUUCAAUGGCCUUUCACGACCUUCUGGAGCAAGUUGGCAGCCUGGGAAGAUUCCAGAUCCUUCAAGUGGCUUUUCUUAUGAUGUGUAAUUUCUUGGCCUUCAUUCAUGUUCUAUUGGAGAACUUCACGGCUGCCGUGCCUGAGCACCGCUGCUGGGUGCGCAUCCUCGACAAUGACACGCUCUCUGACAAUGGCACUGGGCUCCUCAGCCAGGAGGACCUCCUGAGAAUCUCCAUCCCACUCGACUCCAACCUCAGGCCAGAGAAGUGCCGGCGCUUUGUCCAUCCCCAAUGGCAGCUCCUCCACCUGAACAGCACCUUCUGGAACCUGAGUGAGGCAGAAACAGAGCCCUGUGUGGACGGCUGGGUGUAUGACCGCAGCUCCUUCGUCUCCACCAUCGUGACCAAGUGGGACCUGGUGUGUGACUCUCAGUCACUAAUUUCAGUAGCUAAAUUCCUAUUCAUGGCUGGAAUGCUAACAGGAAGCAUACUCUAUGGCCGUUUAUCAGACAAGUUUGGGAGGAGGUUAGUUAUCGUGAGUUGUUUGUUGACACUGACUGUUUUUGAAAUGUGUGCAGCCUUUGCUCCUAACUUCAUAGCUUACUGCUUCCUGCGCUCCCUGGUUGGGACAUCAACCUCCGGCCUCAUGACAAUUGUCCCUAUGCUCCUUAUAGAGUGGAUAAAGCCCCAAUUCCAAGCCCUGGGAAUAGCAUUGGCAGUUUGUGCCACUAGUAUUGGACAGAUAGUCCUGGGCAGCGUGGCUUUUCUUAUUCGCAAUUGGUACAUCCUCCAGCUGGUGAUAUCAGUACCAAUGUUUCUCUUACUUAUGUCUAAAAGGUGUCUGGCAGAGUCUGCUCGGUGGCUGAUUAUCACCAACAAACCCCAGGAAGCCUUAAAGGAGCUGUGGAGAGCUGCGCGCAUAAAUGGAGUGAAGAAUUAUAGAGACACGCUAACUGUGGAGGUUUUGAGAUCCACCAUGAAGGAGGAGCUGGAGGCCGCACAGAUGAAAUGUGCUCUGAGUGAUUUGUUCUACAACCUCAACCUGUGUAAGCGGAUCUGUCUCCUGUGUUUUACGAGAUGUGCAAUAUGUGUGUCCUUUUUUGGCCUGUUUCUCAACCUCCAGGACUUGGGGAGUAACGUUUUCCUCCUGCAGAUUCUCUUUGGUGUACUGAAUUUACCAGCCAAUUAUGUAGCAUUUCUUGCAAUGAAUCACCUGGGCCGUCGAAUAAGUCAAGUCCUUUUCACGUCCCUGGCGGGGAUAUCCAUUCUGGUCAACAUCUUUGUGCCUCAAGAAAUGCUGACCCUGCGCCUGAUUCUGUCAACUUUAGGAGGAUGCCUUCUGUAUGCUUCCAUUACUUGUUGUCUGACGCAUUCAAAUGAACUACUCCCCACCGUAAUCAGGGCAACAGCUUCAGGAAUCAUUGGGUUUACUGGGAGCAUUGGGUCGGCCCUGGCUCCCCUCUUGAUGAUGCUGACGAUAUAUUCUGCAUCCUGGCCCUGGUUCAUCUAUGGAGGCUUCUCCCUCCUGGCCAGCCUUGCGGUCCUCCUCCUUCCUGAGACCAGAAACCAGCUUCUGCCUGACUCCAUCCAAGACAUUGAAAAUGAGACACAAGCCUCCAGAAAAGCAAAACAGAAAGAUACUUUCAUCAAGGUGACACAGUUUUAACCAAUUCCAAGAACUGGCUGCUGAU